AUGGUUUUAGCAGAUUUAGGAUCUCGUCUUCGUGGAGCUCUCUCCAGCGUCGAGUCCGGAUCCGAAAAGGAAAUCCAGCUGCUUAUUAAGGAUUUGUGCACGGCCCUCUUGGAGUCCGAUGUCAAUAUCAAGUUGGUUGCCAAAUUGAGAGAUAAUAUUAAAGCCAAAGUCACCACAGAUAUCAAUGAGGAUGAGAAUAGUGCUAACAAGAGGAAAAAGCUUCAGAAAAUUGUCUACGAUGAGCUCUGUGCCUUGGUUGAUUCUCACGAAGAGCCACCUAAACCUAAGAAGUUGAGCCAGCAGCAAAGCAAGAAGAAUGCCAAUAGUACCACCAUUCGUGGGAAAAAGGCCACUAAAGUGACAGCUGAAUCUUAUGUGAUAAUGUUCGUCGGGUUGCAAGGUGCCGGUAAGACGACUUCUUGUACCAAAUUGGCGUUAUACUACAAGAAGAGGGGCUUCAAGAUUGGUUUGGUCUGUGCUGAUACAUUCAGAGCUGGUGCCUUUGAUCAAUUGAAGCAGAAUGCCAUAAAGUCGCUGAUCCCUUACUUCGGUAGUUACACAGAACAUGAUCCUGUGAAGGUUGCCAAAGAGGGUGUGAUGAAAUUCAAGAAAGAAAAGUUCGAUAUAAUUAUCGUUGAUACCUCUGGUAGACACAAGCAAGAGCAAUCCUUAUUCGAUGAAAUGAUUCAAAUCAGUGAAACUGUUAACCCAACGCAGACUAUUUUGGUCAUGGAUGGGGCCAUUGGCCAAGCUGCCGAGCUGCAGGCCAAGGCUUUCAAGGAAUCAUCUAACUUUGGGUCGAUCAUCUUAACUAAGAUGGACGGUCAUGCUAAGGGUGGUGGUGCGAUCUCUGCAGUUGCCGCUACUAAAACUCCAAUUGUUUUCAUUGGUACUGGUGAACACGUAGGUGAUUUUGAACCUUUUAAACCAACCACAUUUAUUCUGAAGUUGUUAGGUAUAGGUGAUAUUCAAUCCCUUAUCGAACACGUUCAACUGUUGAACUUACAAGAUGACGAGUCUCAUAAGCAGACCAUUGAGAAUUUUAAGGAAGGUAAGUUUACCCUCAGAGAUUUCCAGACUCAAAUGAAUAAUUUCCUUAAAAUGGGACCUCUCACAAACAUUGCAUCUAUGAUUCCAGGGAUGAGUGGGAUAAUGGAACAGGUUGGGGAAGAGGAGACACUGAAAAAGAUUAAAAAUAUGAUUUACAUUAUGGAUUCCAUGACCACCAGGGAAUUGGAUAGCGACGGUAGAUGCUUUACUCAGGAACCAGAAAGAAUCGUGAGAGUCGCCCGUGGUUCAGGAUGUUCAGUUGUUGAAGUGGAAAUGGUGUUACAGCAACAAAGAAUGAUGAGCUCAAUGGCUCAGGGUGCAAAGAACAUGGGUGGAAUGCCAGGUGCUGCAGGAGCCGGCGGUAACCCUGCACUUGGUGGUCCAGGAGGGGCUGCUGGUAUGCAAAGAAUGAUGCAACAGGCACAACUGAAUCCAAACUUUAUGCAGCAGGCUAUGAAGAUGUUUGGAGGAGGAGGAGCCCCAGGUGCUCCAGGAGCUGGCGGUAUGCCCGAUAUGAGUUCCAUGAUGAACCCAUCCAUGAUACAACAAGCUCAACAAAUGAUGAGACAAAACCCAAAUAUGAUGCAACAAGCUCAACAAAUGAUGCAAAACCCAGGUAUGAUGCAACAAAUGAUGAGACAGUUUGGUGGAGGAAUGUAA